AUGACUUUCAUAUGGACACUGCAACCUUUCGCGACAGGAAGUUGUUGGGCAUUCUCAGCCGUUGCUGAUAUUGAAGGCAUAAUAGCCAUCCAAUCAGGCAACCUAAAUGAAUUAUCAGAGCAACAUAUUUUGGAGUGCAAUUACGAGCACGAAGGCUGCAAGGGUGGAAGACAGACUAAUGCAAUUGAUCUCGUUAUUAAAAAUGGAGAUCUAGCAUCGGAGACCGACUAUCCUUACACUGGAAUUCCAACAGCAUGUGCCAAUAACAAACAAUCUUCGCUUUCCUCAAAGAUCACUGGCAUUGGUUAUAUCCCUUAUAAUAAUGAGACGGCAUUGUUAGAGGAAGUAGCUAACCAACCUGUCUCGGUUGACGUUGACAUAACAAUAUGGCAAUUUUAUCGAUCCGGGAUUUUGACAGGGGAGUGUGGAACUAAAUUAAAUCAUGCAGUUGCAGUAGUUGGUUAUGGGGAAAGUAAAGAUGGAGUUAAGUUUUGGUUAGGUAAGAAUUCAUGGGGACUAGGAUGGGGUGAGGAUGGAUAUGUGAGCCUACAUAGAAGUAUAGAUGCUAAGGAAGGCAUGUGUGGUAUUGCAAAGCUUGGUUGCUAUCCAAUUGUAUGA